GAGCGCGUCUUAUAUUGGACACCACGGAGGCGGCCUUGCAAGGUCUUUAUGUUCCGUCACAUCCUUCGGAGAUCCUUUGCUAGCACUUGUGUUUCUCAUCGUGGUCCUAAUCCUCGUCUCAGCCUUGAUCCCAGUCUUCAGGCCCUUCUCAACGACGUCGACAUCACUUUGCUCAACCACAAGGUACAGGACCAGCUGGUGCACAAAGAACUAGAAGUCGUUCAAGAAGCCGACCCUUCGCUGGACUACGAAGAAGAUGAGCUGCCCAGUGAAAAGUCCACUCGAAAAUCACCCGCCGCUACGUUUGGCAGCAAGCAAAUUGGCGCAGUGAUACUUCCCUUGGAACUGCAGAAUGCUAUAACGGCCUUGAUUGAAGAUGCUGACAAGCACAGACUACACGAAGAUGCAAAACGUCUCUUCCUUAAUCCCGACACCCACAAGUGGGACACAGAAUACGACGAAAAAUACAAAUCGUGGGAGCACCGUAUGCGUCACUCGGAGCGGGAUGGAACAGCCUUUGCGAGCGUUGCGCUUCCUGCCCACUACAGUGCCAUUACAGCCGUCCUGUCUCACGCGAAACAUAGGAUGGGUCCAGAAUGGCUUGUUGAACGAGUUGUUGAUUGGGGUGCGGGAACUGGAAGCGCCCUAUGGGCCGCCCUUCAUGUCUUUCAAAAGUCAGAUAUCGAAAAGCCCGUCGAGGAGCUCAAGGCGGCUGACUCGACACUUGAUUCUUACCUUGGAAUCGACAAACGCGACGGGCUAGUCGAAAUGGGCAAGCGAAUCUUGCAUGGGAUACCUGUACCACCAAUGUCCGAUAUCUCAUUUCGACGAGGUCUACCCUACCCCUCGCUCGACAAAGUUCCAAAUACACUAGCCAUCAGUGCUUUCACGCUCUCUGCACAAUCUACUCCCCUCCUCCGGAAGAAAAUGGUCAAGGAGAUGUGGGAUUCUGGUGCAGAGACGAUUAUACUUAUUGACCAUGGGACGAGGGACGGCUUUACUGCCGUCGCAGAAGGGCGUGAAGCCUUGCUUCGUAUGUCCAGGGUUGGAAGUGACUCCGUAUUCGACUGGGAGCACGAAGUGCUGAGAGGUGAAGGUUCUGGAAAGGUUGGGGAAGGCGCACAUGUCGUUGCACCGUGUGCCCACGAUAAAGAGUGUCCUCUACUCGGCACGAAGCUCCACUGUAUGUUUGAGCAGCGACUUCAGAGACCGGCAUUCGUGAGGAAGACAAAGCAUUCAGGCCGUGGGCACGAGGAUGUGGGAUAUGCUUAUGUUAUUAUCCGCCGUGGACCAAGGCCUCAGAGAGUUCCGUUGAACGAGGGUGUGGGUCGGAUGGGCAGCGUUGGACGGCAGGAGGCUGAGGAAGAAGCUAACGAGGUCCGAGAAGUUGUUCUCAGUGAAGGGUUUGGAGAGCUCGAGCCGCAAGCAGAGCUACCUGACGAAGAACCACACGAGGAUCUCGUAGCUGCUCUUCGAGAGGAAUCUUAUUCCUGGCCACGACUUGUCUUUCCUCCGUUAAAAAAAGGUGGUCAUAUCAUUCUCGACGGGUGCACUCAGGAAGGGAAAAUCGUGCGAAUGACCGUCCCGAGGUCGCAGGGGAAGCAGGAGUAUUACGAUGCACGCAAGUCAGCUUGGGGUGAUGUUUUUCCGCAUGAGCCCAAGAAACCGGGCCAGGAGCGGUUCCAACCCAAGCGGGCUAGGAAGGAGGGUCCGGUGGUAGAAGGAGCAGACAUAGGAAAGGGUCGUAGCAAGGAGCGGAAGGGGAAGAGCUCGAAGGGGUCGGUUGGAUAUGAGAAAUUGCAAGAGCGUUUGAAGGAAGACCGAAAGAAGGAGCGGGGUUUCCGACGAGCGAGAGGCGCAGCCAAAGACGUUGAUGGUGAGCCUGUGGUAAGCACGUAUUAAUGGAUAUAACUAUUAAAAGUAGUGUACAUGUUUCGUCGCGCCACUCAGUACCCCUGUUAAUUCAACUCCCUUCACUUUUAUUGAAAG